UUCUCCUCCUAGAGCCUACAUACAGUGGUCGUAUAUGGCAAGCUGUGCAGGGUACAGGUGGUGGUUGGCGGUGGUGAUCUUGGCGGUAUCAGUACCGGAACCUGCGUUCUCCAACCCACAAACCAACCAAGUAGGCAAGCUGGGUUGCAGCCCGUACAAUUUUAGCGAUGUACCAGAUUCUAUGAGCCAACUCAACCUCAGCUUUGCCGAUCUCAGAAACCAGUUAUCCGCCAAUAAAACCUUUGCCACCAUUGAGCAUACUCCUGUCUAUGCACUGGCACAGUGUAGAAAGUACCUCUCCACGGCAGACUGUGUCACCUGUUUCGAUGCCGCCGUGUCUGCAACCCGGAACUGCUCCAUCGCCACCGGGGCUCGUGUCAUAUUUGAUGGCUGCUUCCUCAGGUACGAGGACAGUUACUUCUACAAUCAGAUUACAGAUCCAGGAACCUAUCCAGUUUGCGGCAAACGAACCGCCGGCAAACAAGAUGUUUUGAAUACCACAGCACAACAACUACUAUAUGAGCUUAUAGCUGCAACGCCCAAAAUUAAUGGCUUUUUCGCUGCAGCAAAGCUGGUCUCCGGUGGUGGUGGUGGUGCUACCGCCGCCUAUGCAGUGGCACAAUGUAUCGAAACACUCACUGAAAGUGGCUGUCAGCAAUGUCUGACAUUAACUUACAGUAACAUAGUGAGUUGUUUACCAAAAUCUGCAGCGGCAAGAGCAAUUGCCGCAGGUUGCUUCAUGAGAUACUCAGACAAACAUUUCUUUGCCAAUAACCAGACAACUAACCUUGCACCCUUCUUAAGAGGAGGAGGGAGUUCAAGAAAGAAGAAAGCUAUCAUUUGGGGUGUAGUGGGAGGAGUAGGAAUCAUUUUGGUAUUAGCAGCCAUUUUCGUUUUGUAUCGACAAUCAAGAAACCCAAAGGCAGCAAGAAGAGGCGACAUUUUGAGGGCAACUCAGUUGAGAGGUCCAGAGAACUAUAGAUAUAAAGAUCUGAAAUCUGCAACAAAAAAUUUUAGCAAAGAAUAUAAACUCGGGGAAGGAGGUUUUGGUGAUGUAUACAAGGGCAUACUAAAGAACGGGGACGUGAUUGCAGUGAAGAAACUGACAAUGACUUCCAGUAGAGCAAAGGCAGACUUCGAGACUGAAGUUAGGCUUAUUACAAAUGUCCACCAUCGCAAUCUCAUUCGACUAUUGGGAUGUUCUGCCAAAGGAGAAGAGCUGCUACUGGUUUAUGAAUACAUGAAAAAUGCCAGCCUUGACAGAUACAUAUAUGGAGACAAACGAGGGAUACUGAAUUGGAAGCAAAGGGUUGAUAUAAUAUUGGGUACAGCUAGGGGUCUUGCCUAUCUGCAUGAGCAGUUUUAUGUAUGCAUCAUACACAGAGACAUCAAAUCCAGCAAUAUACUACUUGAUGAUGACUUUCAACCUAAAAUCGCUGAUUUUGGUUUGGCAAAGCUUUUACCUGAAAGUCAGAGUCAUCUCAGUACUAAAUUUGCAGGGACUUUGGGAUAUACAGCACCAGAAUAUGCAAUCCAUGGUCAUUUAUCAGAGAAAGUUGACACCUACAGUUUUGGCAUAGUCGUCCUGGAGAUCAUUAGUAGCCGAAAGAAUAGUGACAUACAAGUUGAGUCAGUAACUGAGUAUCUCCUUGAACAGGCAUGGAAAUCGUACGAGAAUGAGGACUAUCUAAGGCUGUUGGAUGAAACUUUAGACCCCAAUGAGUGUAAAGCAAAAGAAGUGAAGAGAAUGUUAGAGAUUGCAUUGGUUUGCACCCAAUCACCUCCCAAUUUAAGGCCAAACAUGUCAGAAGUGGUGUUCAUGUUUUCAAGCGAUCGUCCAAUCUUUCAAAACCCACCAAACAGGCCUACCUUUAUCACUGAUUUGGAGAACAGGGUACUUACAGACACAUGAGCAAUUAGUGCAUCAUACACUUCUCAUGCCACCGCUACAUUUUCCAGUUUAGUUCCGUUGCAAGUUUCCAGUAGCUCAAACUUUUUCUAGUAGUGAUUUCAAACUGUAUUACUGAAUUUAGAGUUGUAAUAAUAAGUGAUUAUAUUUGUAAACUAUCAUUAAAGAUGUUUACAUUAAAGUUGAAAUUUUGUAUAUGAACAAUUUAAUUAAGAUUUAAUUGGCACAACACCUUGCUUCAAUUCUGAAAAAAUAAAU